UUUGGAGCGCACUGCCCCUCGGGGCCGUCCGGUCGGCGGGGGCUCGGCGCCGUGCGGACCCCUUCCCAGCCUGCGAGCGGGCGCAUGCUUAGGGCUGGGGCGUGCCGGAGAUCCCAGCGCCUGCCUGCUGUGAUUUUAACGUCUUUUACUUCUUGGGGGCGCGGCGAGAGCGAGUGAGCGGGGAACGGAGUCAUCGGGCUGAGCUCGCAGGCGUGCGGAGCUCUGCGGGUACCCCGGAGCUUCCAUCCAUCUCCUGUGCCACAGGGCGGUUGGACCCGGGUCCCUCCGUUUCCCUCUGCCGAGGGGCACGGUCGCUGUGUUGCGGGCAGGCAGCCGUCCGCUGGGGCUGUUCCGCACUCUGAGCUCGGGUAUUGUGGACAAGGUGAUAGCACGGGGCAGAAAACCCGUGUUCUGCAGCUGCGGGUGGUUUGGGUGAGGAUAGCCCAAUUGUGCUGGCAGCUCGAGGUGUGUCAUGCAGCAACUUUCUCUGCUCAGCUGUCCUGCUCUGCAGCAGGAGGUUUCCGAAGGGCACUGCCAGCAGGAGGGCACGUACCUCUUUCCAGUGAGUCCCUGUGCUGCCACAUGGAAUGAGGUAGAGGUUGUGCAGCUUGACACUAAAGAAACUGGUAGUCUUAAAGGAAUUGGAUAAGGAGCUUAUUUCUGUGGUCAUUGCUGUCAAAAUGCAGGGCUCCAAGCGCAUCCUGCGGUCUCACGAGAUCGUGUUGCCCCCGAGUGGACACGUGGAGACGGAGCUUGCGCUGACCUUCUCACUGCAGUACCCUCACUUCUUGAAGAGAGAAGGCAACAAGCUUCAGAUCAUGCUGCAGCGGCGGAAGCGAUACAAGAACCGAACCAUUCUAGGCUACAAGACUCUGGCUGUGGGGUCUAUCAACAUGGCUGAGGUCAUGCAGCACCCCACAGAAGGUGGCCAGGUACUGAGCCUUUUCAGCAACAUCAAAGAAGCUGCAGUGAAGGUAGCAGAAAUCUGGAUCUUCUCCUUGUCAAGUCAACCAAUUGACCAUGAAGACAGCAGUAUGCAGGCCAGCCAGAAAAUCAAGUCUACAGAUAACUAUUCCGAGGAGGAGUAUGAGAGCUUCUCUUCUGAGCAGGAGGCCAGUGAUGAUGCCGUGCAGGGCCAGGAUUUGGAUGAUGAUGAGUACGAGCUGGGGAAGCCCAAGAAGCAGCGGAGAUCGAUAGUAAGAACGACGUCCAUAACCAGGCAACAGAACUUCAAGCAGAAGGUUGUGGCAUUGCUGAAGAGAUUUAAAGUGUCUGAUGAGGUUCUGGAUUCAGAGCAGGAUCCUGCAGAGCAUGUUCCAGAGGUGGAGGAGGACUUGGACCUUCUGUAUGACACGUUGGAUAUAGAGAACCCCAGUGACAGUGGGCCAGAAAUGGAAGAUGAUGACAGUGUUUUGAGCACUCCAAAGCCAAAGUUAAAACCUUAUUUUGAAGGACUGUCACACUCCAGCUCUCAGACAGAAAUCGGUAGCAUCCACAGCAUCAGGAGCCAGAGAGAGCCAUCAAGUCCUCAGGUAGAAGUGCCUGAAAAGACAAAGAGUCUUGGAACCAAACACGCAGACGACAGUAUUUCUGACACUGUCUCUUUUGAGUCUAACCAGCAAGCUGAGGUCCAAGAAGCAGAACUUCCUGCACCAGAUGUGUUUGUUGAGAAGCUCCCACCCAGCGGGAAGAUCACCAAGACGGAGUCCCUCAUUAUCCCAUCCACCAGCAGGUCUGAAGGGAAGCAAACUGGACGUCGGGGAAGAAGCACAUCUCUGAAGGAGAGGCAGCCAGUGAGGCCACAGAAUGAGAGAGCAAACAGCCUGGACAAUGAACGAUCUCCAGACACCCGGCACCACUUACAGAUCCCCAGGAAAACUGUGUAUGACCAACUAAAUCACAUCCUGGUUUCUGACGACCAGCUGCCAGAAAACAUUAUUCUUGUCAAUACUUCAGAUUGGCAAGGACAGUACCUGUCAGAUGUCUUACAAAAGCAUACCUUGCCAGUGGUCUGUACGUGUUCCUCAGCUGAUAUUCAAGCAGCUUUCAGCACUAUUGUCUCCAGGAUACAGCGAUACUGUAACUGCAAUUCUCAGCCUCCAAGCCCAAUUAAAAUUGCAGUGGCCGGAGCCCAGAAUUACCUCAGUGCUGUAUUGAGGCUCUUUGUAGAGCAGCUGUCUCACAAAACCCCAGACUGGCUUGGCUACAUGCGAUUUUUGAUCAUCCCUCUAGGCUCUCAUCCAGUGGCCAAGUAUCUGGGGUCUGUAGAUUAUAGAUACAACAACUUCUUCCAAGAUGUAGCCUGGAGAGAUCUGUUCAACAAACUUGAAGCACAGACCACUGUUACAGAAACGCUUGAUGUUGUCUCCCGAAUAACGCAGUACAUAGCAGGGGCAAACUGUGCACACCAGUUGCCCAUUGCAGAAGCGAUGCUUACGUACAAGCAGAAAAGCCCUGAUGAGGAGUCUUCGCAGAAGUUCAUUCCCUUCGUUGGGGUGGUGAAGGUUGGAAUAGUGGAACAAUCUUCUGCAACGUCAGGUGACUCUGAUGAUGCAGCUCCCUCAAGCUCCAGUGUCCUUUCUUCUACCCCACCUUCUGUAUCUCCUGCUGUGAAAGAAGCCUCCCCCACACCACCUUCCUCACCGUCUGUCACAGGCAGCUUCUCAUCCUCAAGCCAGGGCCUUGGUGCUGAGCUGAUGGGCCUGCAGGUGGAUUACUGGAUUGCAGCUCCACCCAUGGACAGAAAGAGAGACCCGGAGAAGAAGGACCCUUCCACUACCAAAAACACACUGAAAUGCACUUUCCGGUCCCUCCAGGUCAGCAGGUUACCUGCCAGCGGGGAGAUCGCCACCACUCCAACCAUGUCCAUGACCGUCGUGACAAAGGAGAAGAACAAGAAAGUGAUGUUUUUACCCAAGAAAACAAAAGACAAGGAGGUUGAGUCAAAGAGCCAGUGCAUUGAAGGAAUCAGCAGGUUGAUUUGCACAGCGAAGCAUCAGCAGAACAUGCUGCGGGUCCUGAUCGACGGAGUGGAGUGGAACGACGUCAAGUUCUUUCAACUGGCAGCACAGUGGUCCUCUCAUGUCAAGCACUUUCCCAUCUGCAUAUUUGGGCACUCCAAAUCUAACUUCUAGCCACACUCGGAGGGAUCUCUGUCCAUCCCAGGGACUGCACACCAGGAGCCAGGAACUGCGUGCCAACUCGACUCGCAUCGCUCUGCCCUCUCCUGCAGAAUUAAUUACAGAUGUGCUUGGAUUA